AACCAGACGCGCCCCACUAACCCUUCGUCAUUUAGCAGCGAAUGAUCGUACCGAAGCCUCGACACAGAGCUUCCAUCACGAAUUGACCGGACUAAAAACAUCAUUUAUUAGAUCUUCGUGUCCGGUUGAACUCGUCUCGUGCACCGUCGGAGCUUCGCGGCCUAGCUUAGCCUAGCUUGCUAACAAGCUUGCUAACAGCUUUUUUAUUUUUUAUUUUUUUUUUGCUCAACGCGCCGCCGAGCAGAGUUGUGCGCGUUGUGUUUAUCGUGCGAAAAUGUGCGCCAGAAGGACAGCAGAGUACCAGGAGGAACUUUGGGGACCAGAAAACGAGAACGAGCGACAACGCCAACUGCUGGACGCUUUUUGCAAGACGCAGCCGAGAGUUGUCUUACGCAGGGCAGACAUCAGUGGAGAUCUUCGUCCCAAGCAACAGGAGCCAGAGUCCCCUCCCAUUAAAGAGGAAGAGCAGAAUGAAGAUGUCGCCCACAUUAAAGAGGAAGAGGAGGAGAAGGCUAUAAGCAAGUUGCCACCGACUGGUGUCCCUUUGAAGAGUGAAGAUGGAGGUCCAAGUGAGGUGAGCAGAGGGGCGCAGCUUCCAAGCAGCAGCUCAAGUCAACACAAGGCAACAGGAGGUGAUGGAGACCACUGCGGAGGAUCACAAGCAGACGGCCUCUUUGCGCCACUAUCAGAGCGUGACGACAUAACGUCACCCUCUCCUCACGCUGAUGAUGAUGAUGAUCAUGACGAUGAUGAUGAGUCUGAAGUUCUUCAGACAGGUCACACCGACGACAAACGCUGGAAAUGUUCUCAGUGCGGAAAAACCUUAGCUUCUAAGUGCAGUUUGAAAGCUCAUAUGAGAACGCACACUGGUGAAAAACCUUUUUUCUGCUCAGAUUGUGGUAAUAGAUUUACUACAAAGGGAUAUUUGAAAAUACACGCAAGAACCCACACUGGCGAGAAACCCUUUUCCUGCUCGGUUUGCGGUCAAAGAUUCACUCAGAAGGGAAAUUUACGGAGUCACGCAAAAACACACACUGGCGAAAAACCUUUUGCGUGCUCGGUUUGUGGUCGAAGAUUCUCUGAAAAGGGAAACUUAAAAACUCACACGAGAACCCACACUGGAGAGAAACUUUUUGUUUGUUCAUAUUGCGGUCAUAGAUUUACGACACACGGAUAUUUGAAAAUACACACAAGACUGCAUACUGGUGAGAAACCUUUUUCCUGCUCGGUAUGCGGCCAAAGAUUCUCUCUGGAGGGACGCUUAAGAAGUCACUCAAGAACCCACACUGGCGAGAAACUGUUUCCCUGCUCGGAUUGUGGCCAAAGAUUUACAACAAAGCGAUAUUUAAAAAUACACACAAGAACACACACCGGAGAGAAGCCUUAUUCCUGCUCGGCUUGCGGUCAAAGAUUCAAUCACGAGAUAUCUUUGAAAGUACACACGCGAACACACACUGGGGAGAAACCUUUUUCUUGCUCGCUUUGCGGUCAACGAUUCACUCAGAAGAAACAUUUGACAACACACGCAAGAACUCACACGGGAGAGAAACCUUUUGCCUGCUCAGAUUGCGGUCGGCGAUUCUCUUCGAAUAGAAGCUUGAAAAAUCACACGAGCAGCCACACUGGAAAGAAACCUUUUUCCUGCUCAGUUUGUGGCCAGAGAUUCUCUUAUAUGUAUCAGGUGACGUCACACAAGUGUGCCGGUGGGAAUAGCAGCGAUUGAGAAGCUUCGUAUGAAAAUGUAAAUGUGUCCUAUCAAAAGUAAUUGCUGCCGUACUGAUUUUCGAAGUCUACGCUCUCGUGUUUUAUCUAGCCUGUCUCGUUUGAUCUAUAUUCUUAUGAUCUAUAUCCCGAAUAACGUACAACUCUUCAAACGGUGAGGUUAACUCAACUUGAUUGUACUGUAUAUCAAAUCCAUUGCCCCCAUUGGAAAUCAUUGAAAUUCCUACAACAAGUUCGAGCUCCCACAUAAAACAUGUUUGUUUUUUUAAGGAAAACUAACACUCUGUAACAUAGUACUCAAAAAAAAAACAACAACAAAAAACAGAGUAAUUACAUAGUGGAAUAGAAUGUAAAGAAUUAAACCGUUUUUACACCCUAGUUUAGUCACCUUAGCCACCAGGAGGCAUUACUGUAAACUACUUUCAUGCACACACACACACACACACACACACACACACACAUGCAAGUAUUGCUGACGUCAGCGGCAUCCAAGCUCCUGGUUUCACAGUGCAAUCGUGCAGCUCCUGGCUGUCUACACAAACGUGAAGGAAGUUAAGAGAGCGGACUUGAGGCAUGAAUUCACACCAUGAAACGGGAGCUGAGCUCAUUCACAUUCAUUGUCAUCAGUGGAUAAUAAUAGCCGACUCAUCAUGUUCGCUCCUCCACCCGUAUUGAACUGUGGGAAUGAAGACGGAUGAGGAAAGAGAGUAACAAGGGAGCGACAUCGGAAUGUGGAAAUGCGACUCAAAAGGUUUUCCCCAGAAUCGAGCCAUUUGUGACGCAGUCGAGGAAUCAUAUGAAACCUAAUGUGGAUAGUCAACAUUUUAGUCAAGGUGCAUCGUAUAAGACUUAUUUCACUUGAAAUUUCAAAGCCCUGGGUAGAAACACACCAAUCAUCCAAAACACAGUAACAUCAAUAAGCACACGCCUCAUUUAAAAAGGUUGGAAUAAUUUGAGAGAAUAAAUCAUCAAGUGCUACGCCUUGAUAAAAGGAAUUCAGCUAAUCAUACAUUUUUAGCCACGCGAGGUGUUUGAGCUCGUCUGUUCUCGGGAAGCUAAGCAGGGUCGGUCCUGGUUAGUUCUUGGAUGGGAGACCACGUAGGAAUACCAGGUGCUGGGUUUGGGCGAUAGGCCAAUCACUUGCUCCCGUAAAAAACCUACCGGAUUGCAGAAAACCGCAUUUGCGGCCUACGUGUGUGUCUCGUGGCACCGAGAGCUCUAACUAAAACAGUGCCGGAAAAAAAUAUGUAGAUACGAAAACGAAGUCAAGCAAUGAAUUAGGACUAUUAGACACUGAAAGCCGUUAAAACCUUUCUAAUGUCAUUUUGUAAUACGAUCAUCUGCCUUUUUUCCCCACCGAUGUAUGUCACUUCUGCCCCGGCGAUGGGGUUUGUACGUUCUGCGUUUUACGAAUAAAUGUGAAUGGAAAAAAAAA